AUGGGAAAGUACAGUCUGAGGAAAAUCAUGGACAAGCAGACCCAGGUGGUCGUGUUCAGUUCCACGGCGAUUGCCCUGUACGGGUAUGAUCAAGGCAUGAUGUCUCUGAUCAACACAAACUACAACUAUCUCUAUACCAUGGGCAUUGCCGGAAACUCUGCUCUGGUCGGGCUGGUCGUCUCGGUCUACUACCUGGGCUGUGCCGUGGGGGCGGUGGUGGCAUCACGGUUCGCAGAUGCCAAAGGCCGCAAGCCGGGCAUCUUCGCGUGCCUGGUGACAGCCAGUCUGGGGAAUCUGCUCAUGUUCGUCGCGGGCAUGGGCGGUGGCACCAGUCAACAGGGCGCCCUGGCGACGAUGCUCUGUGGGAGGGUCGUCAUGGGACUUGGAGUCGGAGGCAUCGACGCAGUUGUACCCGUGUACAGUUCGGAGCUACAAGAAGACGACGCCCGCGGCACGGCUUUGGCGCAGGAAUUCCAAGCCAACAUCUUUGGAUUGAACAUGGCGUACAUCCUCAACGUCGGGGUCACGCACGGCCUGGGGAAAUGGAACCAGUGGGCGUGGCGCGUGCCCAUCAUCGUCAUGCAGAUCUACCCUCUCCUCCUCCUGGCCGUCGCGAAUCUGUUGCCCGAAACACCGAGGUGGUGCGUGCUGCACGGCGACAACGAGCGGGCGAAACGGAGCAUCGCCCGGGUCUUUGGCAAGGACCAGGUCGACGACCGGAUCACGGAGCUGACCGAGGCGCACAAACGGGAGCAGGAGGAAGGCACUGUAGGAUACUGGGACAUGCUCUCGCCCACGGGCUCGCAGUUCCACCCGACCGUCGUGACCGUCAUGGGCCAAGUCAACCAGGCCCUGACCGGGUAUGGAGCCGUGUCGGUCUUCGGCGCGCAGAUAUUCCAACUGUUGGGAUUCGGGGUCAACACGGCCGAGUACAUCACGCUGGGGAACUACGUCUUCUACUUGGCCAUGAUGACCGUCGCGUGGGUCCUGAUCGACCGCAUCGGCCGACGAAAGCUCAUGGUCGCGGGGGCCCUUUGGCUCGCCAUCUCCUUCGCCCUGCUCACCCUUCUGGGCGGGCUGGCGUUCAACCGCCUCCGCCUCUCGAUCCCUUUACUCGCCACGGGCAUCCCCGGAAUCAUCUUCCUAUACCUGGCGACCGCGGUGUUUGGGAUCUGCUGGUUGGUGCCGCCCUGGCUGAUCCCCACGGAGAUCUACCCGUCGACGGCCCGCGCCCAAGGCGCCGCCGUCAGCGUCAUCGUCUGGGGCCUGGCCAACUUCGCCGUCACGCUUUUGACUCCAAUCGGCUUCGACCACCUCGAGUACUACCUGUUCCUGGUGUUUGCCGCCACAAACGCCUUUGCCGGUCUGUGGACGUACCUGUACUGUCCCGAAUCGGGCAACAGGACGUUCGAGGAGAACCAGGAGUUCUUCAAGGCCGCCGCCGCGGAAACGGGGUCGUGGGUCGUGAGCAGAGUCGUGGACGGCGAGUUCAAGGUCCUGCCGCAAAAGGAGGUCGAGGAAGAAGAGGAGAUUGUGGAGAACGGAGAGGACAGCGCGAGUCAAGGCAGGGAACGGCGAGAAAGGGUGAAGAAGCAAAAGAAACUGGAUGCCCAUGAGGAGACCGCGCCUCUGCUAGGCAGGACGACUACACGGUAG